GAGCGUAAACACCAGGACAGUAGUUUGAUCAUCGUGCUGGCGCUGUCGGACAUUGAAACAUUGUAGAAAACUUUUUGACAUUUUCCACCCAACCGGGUUAUUUUAUACUCUAUAGUGUCCGAACAUUCCAUCAAACUUGUAGUUUAUCGGAACGAAAAAAUACUCAGGUAGAAAUACGUAACAGAAAUCAGUAUAAAAAUGCCGAACUUGUCAACGAUAGCGAAUUAUCCUUUAAAGGUGAUAUUUACCAUCCACUUGAUUCUCACAACAUGGGGCAUGCAGGGAUUUUGGUGUCCAAAAUCUGUGAUGUUCUACAAUCUUCUGUUCUUCAUAUGCCUACUGUGGGCUAUCCACAAUAUCGAGUCGGAUGAGCCUCUGCAGUUUGCACUUUUCAUAAAUGUCCUAUCGAUACUAUUCGAUGUUGUGACAUUGGCAGUCAGUUUCCCAAGCGCCUCAGGUGCAUCUGAAAAGUUUAGCGCAGCGAUCAUGAUAAUAAACAUGCUCGUGCGCUUAGUCACCAGUGGAUUUCUAUUGAGGAUUGGACAAGCUAGAGGUGGAACUCUGGCCACAAUAUUUCCUCCUGGCCCUGGUAUGGAAUUCAGUAGCAGACAGCAGUACGAGGACAUAUCUUAUCCGGUGCCACAAAAUUCUGACUUUGCAGGAAUCUAGGAUGAAGCUCGAUACUCGAAGCCGCCAAAGAGCGAGACAGAAGCAAAUUCUCUCUCGGGUGUAUAGUUAUUUAUAUGUUGUGUUUUUUUUAAUUGAAGAGAAAGCGAUUAUUGAAUCUCCACGAAUCUCGACGUUGCCAUUGCAAAAAUGCCAUAUUUAUAAGAUAACAAAUAUUCUCAAAUAUCAAGUAUUUUUCUAUUAGGAUAUUAUUGAUUUUGAGAUUUUCAAAACUGCUCUUUCUGAGAUAUCUUUCGUAAUAGCAACAAUGGCCCCAGUACAUAUCUCGUGUCAUACCAGAUAUUCAAUCACACUUGACAAACUUGUUCUAUCGAGUGUAGCUCGCAGUUGAUGAGAAAGUAUUUCGAAUGCGUUCCCGGACAAGAAAUUUUAUUUGAAUGGAAUUACGGUAUUCAACAAUUGCAUUGACUCUGUAACACUGUUUUAAAUUGCAUUGACUCUGUAACAAAUGUUUUAAAACUCACGAUCUGAUGAAUUUGUUUUUCUGCAUGAGAAAUGAAUUUUCAGGUUAUCUGUGAAAGUUUUAUCUCUUUAACAUCCUAUUUACGUCAUGAUAAAAAAUCAUGAGAAUCGCGAACUACGUAUUUAGUGACUGAAAUCAAUAAAACGUAACUCUAAAUGUCUAUACAAAGAUUUGCACAGUUCGCAGUUUUGAUGCACAAAAACUUGGAGAAUAUUUAUGCCGGUUCAGACAAAUUCGACGAAUUCUUUGAGGUGAGAAACCAAAAGGGUCCGCUACUUGAAAAAUGUAUUAUUUUGACAUAAUUUUGAUAAAUUACUGAGGUUUGUAAUAGAAAUGGAAGACUUCUCAGCUGUUUGUGGAUUCGUUUAGUAUCGAAAUACCGUUCGAAAAAUAUUGUUUGGGAACAUAUGUGUGGACCGUGUUUGAGUAUCACGCACCUUAGUAACAAGUUGUGAGAAAUGUAUGAUUUGUGAGAAAAGUGUUCAAGAUGUUUUUGACUCUCCGUAAUAAACGAACAAACUUAAUCAGCCCCCGAAAAAUCCCAAGUUGUAAAACGAUAUCUGAAACAAUGUGUCUGCAUAUUUGUAUCAACUGAUAAAACGAAUAAAACGAUGACAGGAAAGAA